AAUCUUUAGAAAUAAUGAGGCACGCCGAAUCCAAACGGCUUCCCAAAAUGGAAACAGACGAGAUCCUGAGACACGUGUCACAAUAUUAAUAACCGCUUCUAAAGUUGAAUAAAGGCGCGCAACGAGCACUCUCACAGUCUCACUUCUCUACUACUCUUCUUUCGUUUUCAACGGCAAUGGCGGGACCGACUCGGGACGCGAUCGACACUUUCAUGAGAGUCACCGGCGCGUCUGAAUCGCACGCCGUGCAGAAGUUGGAGGAAUAUGAAUUGAAUCUUGGCGAGGCUAUAAACGCACAUUAUUCUGAAGUUGAAAGACAUAUUUCUACUUCUGUAUCUGUUGCUUUUCCACAGCAAGGGUUUGUGAAUACAAGAAUUCAAACACAAAAUGGUUCCCAUGGGCCGUCACCAUUUCUCUCUGCUGCGAGAAAUUUUAGGUUAUCAUCAUUGGUACCGAAUCCCAAUUUUAGGAGAAACAUUGUGAACCAAAUUGGUUCUUCUGUUUUCGGUAGGCGGGAACCACGAUAUCAACAUACAGGAGGAGACUACAACCCUGGUUAUGGGCAGCCUUAUCAUUCAGGACCUAUGCCUGCCUUUGACCUUGCAGAUGUAAGUUCAUUGCCGCAUAAUUAUCAAUCUCAAGAUAAUCUCUCAAGAGAACAUGAAGCAAACCUGCACAGUGCUGAUAUAGAAGAACAAAUGGUUCAGGCUGCCAUAGAGAAUUCUAAGCAGGAGGGAAUAUCUGGUCUUUCACGAAUGCAUCCUAACAUGGAAGAUGAUGAACUGGCUCAUGCAAUGUCAAUAUCCCUGAAGACAGCAGAGCAAGAAAAUGCAAUACGUGAGCUAACAAGACAGGACCACGAACAAAUGCGAGUUCGCAGUUCAAAUGCUAGGCGAUGGCAGGCAGGAAGCUCAUCAUUUCAAGGGGGAGCCAAAGAAUUGCAAGAACGGUCACCGCGGCGAGGUGUUUCAUCCAAGGAUCUUGAUGAAGCUAUUCUUUUUGAGGAAGCUCUUUUUGGUAAAACUCCUAAUGAGACUUCAUACCAGCAUGGACUUCAACCACCAAAUACACCGGGAAAAAGUAAAGGUCAAAAUCCACAUGAAAUACCUGAUCACUCAUCUGAAUCGCUUAGGGAACAGAUGCUACUAAGAGAACAGCAGCCAGGAAGCUCAUUAUUCCAUCAGGGAGCCAAAGAAUUGCAAGAACAGGCACUGUGGGGCAGUGUUUCAUCCAAGGAAAUCGAGGAAUCAAUUCUUCUUGAGAAAGCUAUUUUUGGUAAAACUCUUAAAGAGCUAUACCAGCAUGGACCUCAACCACCAAGUACACCAGGAAAAAGUAAUGGUCAAAAUCCACACCAAGUAGCUAGUCACUCAUCUGAAUCGCUUACGGAAAAGAGGCUACUAAGAGAACAGCAGGAUGAUGAAUAUCUCACAUCUCUUCAGGCUGAUAAAGAAAAGGAAAUGAAUGCUGUCAAGGAACCUGGAUCUCUAGACGAGAUGCUUAUUGAAGUGGCUCAGGAACGUGAAAGGUUGAGGGCUGCAAAAAAAGCUUUGCUUCCUAAAGAACCGACAAUCAACGAUGAGAAUGCAGUAACUCUUCUUGUUCGCAUGCCAGAUAACGACCGUUGCUGUCGCCGUUUUCUCAAGUCUGAUAAGCUUAAGUUUCUUUUUGACUAUAUGGAGGUUGCUAGAGCAGUGGAGCCUGGAACUUACAGGAUGGUUAGGCCAUUUCCGAGACGUUCAUUUUCUGCAGCUGACAGCUCACUGAGUUUGGAAGAGCUUGGUCUCUCUGCUAAACAGGAAGCUCUGUAUCUGGAAUUCAUAUAGAACAUUAAAUGUAGAUCACCCCUGUCUUUUUGGUUUGACAACAAUACUCUGCUUAAGUUUAACCAAACUGAUGGUUAACCUAACUGAAGCUACUGAAAUUGACUAAAACGGAGCUGGCUGUGUAUGUUGAACAGAACGAUCCUGAAUCCUACUAUGUUAAAAACUAAACGAUACUUCGUAGGAACAAUGUCCUGUUUGUGCUUA